AUGGACAAGCAUCGCAGCAACACUCGCUUUGCACCCCUGAACGACGCUCCAUUUGUUCUCCGUGGUGCCUCAAACUCAUCUUUCAACAACAUGGAUAACCUUAGACGCUCCUCAGGCAUUGGGCAAACAAAGAGCCAUGCAUCUUCUCCCUUAGGAGCUCUGCGACAGAAGAUGCCUCCAUCUGGAAAUCGAUCCUUACACACAAGUCGCCCCCUGUCAGCUCCUGUCGCAAACCGCCCAUUGUCUCCUCAUCUUCCUCUGAAGAAGCCACAGUUGAGCUCUACGUUCUCCAUCUCGCACCGUAUAUUUGGCGUUGCGCUGGGCGCUGCCAUCAUAUCCAUUCCUCUUGCUACCAAGUUCAGCCUCAUGUUUGGUGUCUGA